AUGGAGCUGGAAAAAACACACUUGAUAAAUUACUUCCUAGAAAUAUGCCCAACCGCUUUGGAUUGUUCACGGAAGGAGUUGCAAUCUGUAUUAGCAAAAAAGGAAGAAGAAAAAAUAAGAAGAUUUAUGGCUGAUAAGAAUGUAAAUUUGAUAGUUAUUGGGAAAGAAAAAAAAGAAGAAGUAGACAACACAGGAUCAGAUAAAAAUGGCCAAGUAGGAAAUAUAGGACAACCGCAAGGUGAAGUAGAAAUAGAAAGGAGUGUACAAUUGGAGAAAGAAUCGAGUUAUAACUUAUUUGUUGAAUUGAACAUAAACUACAAAUGUGUAACUAAAAGUGUAGCAAUAGCUUUUAUGAAAAGAAAUAAAGAAAACUUUUUAACCUUACAUGAUCAACUAGAUAAAGGGAAUAAAAUAAAUUUAUCCAACGAAUUAUUGAUGUUUGUAUGUGGACAAAAUGAUUGUAAUACACCCUUAGAUUUAGUAUAUUUAUAUUUAUCUCAAGGUUUUAACACAAUAUUUGAUGCCGCUUCAUGUUCUGCUCAUAAUGAUUUUUUUCAAAAUGGGUAUUCAAGAAAGGACCCUGAAAAUGGAACCGCUUUAGCAAGUACGUUUGCUAACAACAACUCUAGUAUAGGCAUUAAUAAAUAUACAGGACAUGAAGGAGAAAAUAAAAUAUCUAACAUUUUAAUGACGAAUGUAUCGAAAAAAUUAAAUGAACUGCUCAUAUCUAUGAAGAAUGCUCAGGUCGAUUUGAAUAUUCCUAUUAUAAAUUUAAGUGUAGAUAGAAGGAUUAGAGAAAUUGUACAGGAAAACCCAAAUAUAGAUGAAAUAAAACCAGAGAAAUUAAAAGCGUUGUGUGAAUCUCAAGAGUUUCUGAAUCAAUUACAAAAAGAUGUAACAAAAUGGAUUGAGGAAAUCCAAAAGCUAACCAGAUUGAAUGGAGAUUUUAAAAGUGGAAGUGCAUUAGAAGAAAUUAAUUUCUGGAUAGGAUACGAAAAUGCUUUAUCACAACUUGAAAAUCAGUUAAUAACACCUGAAGUUCUUUUAACAUUGCAAAUAUUGAAAAAUGCCAAGAGAUACUUUGCAACGAUGUCUUUCGAUAGUGAUAUUCAACUGAAGCAGUCUAAAGAAUACGUCUUAAAUGUAAAUAUUUUAAUGAAGGAUUUUCCUAUAGAUGAUCUUCUAGGAGCUCAGAGCGUUCAGCAAAUUAUUCAAGCUAUAAGAAAUAUAUUCACUCAUUUGAAAAAAUUAAAAAAUACUACGAAAUAUCCUUUAUCUAGAUCAUACAAUUUUGUCGAAGCAUUGUCUAGAGAUUUGGGGAAUACCAUGAGAAAAGUGAUAUCAUCACAGGCAUUGCUAAGUAUGGAUUACCAAGAAUUUGAUAUUCUUAUUUCAGGAUGUAUGGAAGUAUUUCGAUUAUGGAAUGACGAAAUGAGAGUAUUCAAAGAUAUGGUCAGAGAAUUAAUAAAAAAGAGAAGUUUUAACGAAAGAGCGCCUGCCAAAAUGGUGUUUGAACAUGUAAAUCUUCAAGAAAGACUGGAUGAAAUUAGGAAAUUUAGAAAACAGCAUCAAAAGUUUAAGGCAGUUAUUACAAAAGUGUUUGGAAAUGAUAGAACUGUGGGUGUAAAUCUACUUAUGGAUAUAAAUUCAGCGUAUAGCGUUUUCUUAUCCCUAGAUGCACUUGAUUUAUCCAAAACUGGGGAAGAUUUGUGGGAAAAAUCAAAACUGUCUUACGAAUCCAAAAUUAACAAAGUAGAAUCACAAAUUACGUUCAAAUUGAGGGAUCAAUUAGGUGGAGCCAAAACAUCUACAGAAAUGUUUAAUGCCUUUUCAAAAUUUAAUCCUUUAUUUUUCAGACCCAAAAUUAGAGGUGCUAUUCAGGAAUACCAAAACAGCUUAAUACAAAUAGUUGUGGAUGAUUUAAGAAAAUUACAAAUGAUUUAUAUCAACGGUUAUGUGAAAAGCCCUUCUGAAAAAGUGUCAACCGCACGUGAUAUUCCUUUAGUAGCUGGGUCUAUCAUUUGGGCUAAACAAAUUGAAAGAAAAUUAGAAGACUCUUUAAAAAGGAUAGAGAAUGUAUUGGGUAGAGGAUGGGAACAACAUUCAGAAGGAAAAAAUUUACGACAAAGUAUUGACAAUUUUAAAACUCUCCUUUCUCAGAAUAAAACGUUCGAAAAAUGGCUCAGAGGUGUUAAGAAUGCAGAUAAAUUCGAUAUUUAUGAGAAAAUUAUUAAAAUAAAACAAUUGGGAAUAAAAAAGUUCGAAAUUGUAGCAAAUUAUGACUUUCAAUUUUUUAACUUGUUUAAGGAAGUUCGAUAUUUACAGUCUAUCAAUUUGAGAGUCCCAUACUCGAUAAAGGUAAAAGCAGAUGAAACGAAAUUGAUAUACCCAUAUGCACUGACAUUACAGAAAACGUUUAAAAGUUAUAUGAAAAUUUGCCUCUUUAUGGAAAAUGAGGCCAAGGCAAUACCUUUUAAUUCUACUAUAAGUAAAUUGGUUGCUUCUAUACAUAACAGUGUUCAGGCGAAAAUUAAGGAAGGAAUUAACUUACAUUGGGAUUCAGAUGCGUUAGAAACGUAUGUAAGGAAGUUAUCCGAAAUAGUUAAUACAUUCGAAUCCAUGGUAGAUGAAGCUAUUCGGAAAAAUUCCUUCGUUUUGGAUACUCUAGACAAAAUAAGAACAUGCGAAAUAACAAUUGAGGGCAAUGAAAUUAAGAAAUUUAUAGAAUCGAUUCAGGAAAAAGCAGACGAGCUCUAUCUUGAGCAUUACAGAAAUGUUCAUAUAUGGAUUGCUGAACUGAACACUCUUUUGAAUAAGAUUUUAACAGCUCGACUUGAAGAGAUCAUAAAAGCAUGGACAUGUGAAUUUGUGAAUUGGUCCAACAAUAGCAGUAAGAGUAAAAAAUUUAUAGUAAAAGAAAGCAUUCAUGAAUUUAAGAUAAUUAAUCAGAAAUUUUAUUUACAUCCAUCUAUUGACAGUAUGAGACAGAUGUGGUAUUCCAGGUUAUCGGAGGCUAUAAGCAUCAUUUGUGGAAUUCCUAGAGUUAAGAAUAUAUAUCAGAAGAAAGACAAACCCAAAGAAACCAUUCAAAUAAAAAAUGACACAGAAAAUAACAUUAUUCAUGAUGUUAUAUUGGAUAAUACGUAUAGAUACAUCAUCUAUUUUAUAGAUAAGAAGAUAUAUGACCAUGCAACAGAAUCCAUUAACGAUAUGGUUGAGAAAGCAAAGAAAUAUGAAUCUAUGUGGCUUCAAUACAACACUUUAUGGAAAAUUGAAAUUGGAGAUAUUAUCACAAGUUUUGGGGAAGACAUACAAACAUGGAAAAGUUUCAUGAAUGAAAUUAAAGAAACUGAGUACACAUUUGAUACAUUGGAUACGGAGAAAUACUUUGGACCAAUUGUCAUAGAUUAUAGAAUACUUCAAUCUAAGGUUAGUUCAAAAUUUGAAAUUUGGCAAAAGGAAAUAGUAUCCGAGUUUUCUAAAAAAUUAUCAGAAAAAAUAACCUUGUUAAAAGAGGAGAUAGAAAAGGCUUUAGAUGAUUUAAAUGUUCAGGGAGAAUUAACAAACGAUUCAGAAAUUACAGCUAUGCACAUUUUAUCUAUGGUCCCAAAGGAUAUCAUUGCAAUAAUAAAUUCAUAUGAUAUGGAUGUACUGUGUAGAAUAUGCAAUAGUAUAUACAAUUUUAUAGAAAAAAUUAACCAGAUUAAUAAGAAAAAAGAAGAGUGGGAUAGCAAAUGUGAUAUAUUGAAACAGAGCGAAGUUCUGUUGGAAAAGCAGAGGUAUAUGUUCCCAAGCAGUUGGGUAUAUAUAGAUAAUAUAAUUGGAAAAUUAGAAACUGUUAAACAGAUAUCAAGUUAUCAAAUAAAGUUAGUGAAAGAUUAUUUUCCAUAUAUACAAAGCUUAGUCUUAGAAUUUGAUGCUAAAGUGCAAAAUAGCACAAAAGUCUUAUUUGAAGAAUGGAAUAAAAAUAAGCCAUCCCAUGGGAACACGAAUAGUACGAAAGCUUUACAAAUUAUAAGCACAUUUGAAAGUAGAAUUGAUAUUAUCAGUGGACAGUAUGAAAUAUCUGAAAAGAUAAAAAAAUUAAUGAAAAUAACUAGUGAAGAAUCAGAACAAGGAUUCCAUGUAUCACCUAACAUUCUGAAAGAAGAAAUAAUUUGUGUAAAAGACAUAUGGGAUGAAUUAAAAGUUAUCUAUUCUAGUAUAUCUGAUAUGAAAAAAAUGUUAUGGUCUAAUGUAGAACCCAAAAAUAUUAGGAAUACUCUAAAUAGUUUAUUGGAUUCUAUAAAAAGAAUUCCAGCCAAAUAUAGGCAAUAUGAAAUAUUUGAUAAUGUGCAAGUAGAAAUACAACAGUAUUUAAAAACGUAUGGUUUGUUACUAGAUUUGAAAUCGGAGUCGUUGAAGGAAAGGCACUGGAGAUUAAUACUUCAAAAAUUGCAAAUAAAAAUAUAUAUUAAUAAAUUAACCUUGGGGAAUUUGUGGUCUCUUAAUUUGGGUAUAUAUGAAAAUGUUUUAAGAGAAAUUUUAAAUCAAUCUCAAGGAGAAAUGGCAUUAGAAGAAUUUCUGAGGGGACUAAAAGACACCUGGAAUGAAUACGAAUUGGAACUCGUUCAAUAUCAAAAUAAGUGUAAAUUGAUAAAAGGAUGGAAUGAUAUAUUUUCUACUAUAGAUGAUCAUCUAAAUGCUUUACAGUCUAUGAAAAUAUCUUCUUAUGUAAAAAUAUUUGAAGAAGAAACUUUCACAUGGGAUGAAAAAUUAAAUAGGUUGCGAAAUUUGCUAGAUGUCUGGAUGAAUGUGCAAAGAAAAUGGGUAUAUUUGGAAGGGGUAUUGAAAGGAUCGUCAGACAUCAAAUCGUUACUUCCGCAGGAAUAUAACAGAUUCAAAAUAAUUGACACGGAUUUUAUAAAUAUUAUGAAAAAAACAGCUGAAAAACCUAAAUUGCUAGAAUUGUUUCAAAUGGAUGGUUUUCAGAAACAACUCGAUCGAUUAUCUGACUCGUUGUCUAAGAUACAAAAGGCAUUAGGUGAGUAUCUAGAAAAACAAAGAAAUCAAUUCCCAAGAUUUUAUUUUGUUGGAGAUGAAGAUUUAUUAGAAAUGAUUGGUAACUCUAAAGAUGCAAAAGUGAUACAAAGAAAUGUAAACAAAAUGUUUGCAGGUAUUAGUUCAUUUAUCAUAAAAGAAAAUACCAGUGAUGUAAUACUUGGAAUGUCAUCUAGAGAAGGGGAAGAAGUAUUUUUUGAAGAACCAAUUCAUGUAGGUUCUUAUAAAACAUUAAAAGAAUGGCUUAUAACUUUAGAAACAUAUAUGAAAGUUACUUUACAAAAAUGUUUAGAUAAAGCUGCUAAGGAAAUUUUACAAAUGGAUAUGAUGCUAGAAUGUACCAACUCUAGUGGGAAUAAUAGAAUUCUGGAAUGGGCAUCGAAAUAUCCAAACCAAAUUGUUUUACUAUGUUUACAGAUUUUAUGGACAACUAAUAUUGAAAAUGAUAUACAAAAUAGUUCAACAAAGGAGGAUUCUUUGGCUAAUGAGGAAAACAGGAAAAAUAUUUUCAGAAAUAGUGAAACAAUCUGUAUUAGUCUUUUGAAGUUCUUAGCUGUAAGUGUUGUCAAACAAAGGGAUCACAGAACAAGACAAAAAAUUGUUCAAAUGAUAACCGAGUUAGUUCACCAAAGAGAUGUAAUACGUACUCUUAUAGAAAAAAAUAUUCAAAGCGUUAAUAAUUUCACUUGGCUACAGUAUAUGAGAUUUUAUUGGGAUCCUAAUAAAACAAAUAGUGAUAUUAAUUUGAUUAUAAAAAUGGCGGAUGCGACUUUUGAUUAUGGAUACGAAUACUUAGGUAUGUGUGAAAAGCUAGUUCAAACCAAAUUAACCGAUUCUUGUUUCUUAACUUUGACCCAAGCAUUGAAAAUGAAAUUAGGUGGAAACCCAUUCGGACCUGCAGGAACUGGUAAAACUGAAAGUGUAAAAGCAUUGGGAGCCCAAUUGGGAAGAUAUGUACUUGUUUUUAAUUGUGAUGAAUCAUUCGACUUUACUGCUAUGGGAAGAAUAUUUGUUGGGCUGUGUCAAGUAGGAGCAUGGGGAUGCUUCGACGAAUUUAACAGACUAGAGGAGAGAAUUCUUUCCGCUGUUUCUGAACAAAUUUUAACGAUUCAAACAAGUUUGGUUCAAAGGAAAAAUGAAAUUGAACUUUUGAAUAAAAAAAUAAGUCUAAAUAAAAAUGUAGGUAUAUUUGUAACUAUGAAUCCAGGAUACGCUGGGAGGUCAAAUCUUCCUGAUAACCUGAAACAACUAUUUAGAAGUUUUGCUAUGAUCGAACCGAAUAAGCAACUUAUAGUUGAAGUAACCUUAUUUUCACAAGGUUUUAUUAGUGCUGAAUAUCUCUCAAGUAAAAUUGUGUCUUUAUUUGAUUUAUUCUCUGAACAAUUGUCCAAACAGCCUCAUUACGAUUUUGGAUUGAGAUCACUCAAGAGUGUGUUAAAUUCUGCAGGAAACUUAAAAAGACUGGCCCUUCUAGGGGUUCCUCAAGGAAGCAAGAAAGAUGAUAUUGUUUGUGAUACAGACCUUGCUGAUAUGGUAAGUAGCGGUCGUAACAAUGGAGAUCAAGAAGAUCAAAGAAGGAGAAAGACAAGUGAAAUUCAAAAUGAUAACAAUGUGGGAAAUGCCAAAGAUGAAACAGCAUCAGAAAAUAUAAUUGCAAUGGAACAGACUUUACUUUUGAAAUCAGUAUGUGAUACAGUAUAUCCUAAACUAGUCUCGAGUGAUAUCCUGUUAAUAAAAAGUUUAUUAACAGGUGUUUUCCCCAAUAUAAAUAUAGCACCCUUUGAGGAAAAAGCUUUAGUAAACGAAAUACAUCGCAUAUGUAAGUCCAGAUUUUAUACACCUGAAGAGAAAUGGAUAACGAAAAUAUGUCAGAUAUAUCAAAUAAUGAAAUUACAACACGGGGUUAUGUUAGUUGGAGAUGUGGGUACAGGUAAAACUAGUGCAUGGAAAAUAUUACUAGAUUCGUUAGAAGCAUUAGAUAACAUCAAAGGGGUAAGUUAUAUUAUUGAUGCAAAAUCUUUAGAUAAAGAAGAAAUUUAUGGGAAAUUAGAUAAUAUAAACUUAGAAUGGACAGAUGGAGUUUUUACAGCUAUAUUGAGAAAAAUUCUUUACAAUUCUGCACAAUCUGGAAACACAACAAAAAGACAUUGGAUAAUUUUUGAUGGGGAUGUAGAUCCUGAAUGGGCUGAAAACCUGAAUAGUGUUUUAGAUGAUAAUAAACUUCUGACUUUACCGAAUGGAGAACGUUUACCUAUACCUGAAAGCGUUCGAAUUUUAUUUGAAGUAGAUACAUUGAAACAUGCAACCUUAGCUACUGUUAGUAGAUGUGGUAUGAUAUGGUUUUCCAGGGAUAUUCUAUCUCCUAUGAUAUUAUUUAAACAUAAAUUAUCCAAGUUAAAAUAUGGUAAUAAUGAUUAUCCUCGUAAAAUGGAUCGUUUUAAGGCUUUUAUUAUGAACCAUAAUGAGAGUGGUUCUUUAGGAGAGGAUAAUAUACAUCUGAAUGAUUCUACAACUGCACAUCAAAUGUCAAAAUAUUCCUUGAGUAGUAAUCAUGAAGAUAACAAAAUUAACGACAGUUUGAUGGAUCAUAUGAAGAAAAGUUCUUGCAUAUUUUUUGAUGAAAAUGAAGAUGAAUUAUAUUUAUGUCCACUAAAAAGUAUUGCAUCUAGAUCCAUUAACCUCAUUAGCGACUACUUUGAGGAGAAUGAAUUUGUGCAUCAGUGUCUUCUGGGUGCUAAAAAUUUCGAGCAUGUGAUGGAUUAUGAAUAUAUAAGAGCUAUAGAAAGCACGUGCUUACUACUGCAAAAAGGAGUUGACAAUUUAGUUGUAAAAAAUGGAAAAACAAAUAAUACCUUAACAGAUAACGAUAUAGAGAAGUAUAUCUCCAAAUGGUUGGUCAUGAGUAUACUAUGGGGGAUAGGGGGAUCUUUAAACCUUGAAUCGAGGGAAAAGUUUUCGAAAUAUGUUCAGUCUAUAUGUUCUAUUCCUCUACCACCCGAUUUGUCAAGAAGCAACCAAGUGGAUGACGUGGAUUCUUCUAAUGGACAGAGAACUUUGUUAGAUUAUGAACCUAACAUUGAAGACGGAGAAUGGCAUUGCUGGAAGGAACGAGUUGAAAUGAUAGAUGUAGACAGAACAGAAGUAGGAGAUGCAACUCUUGUAAUUGAAACUAUGGAUACAAUAAGACAUGCAACUGUUUUAGAAGGAUGGUUAAAUUUAAAGAAACCAUUUAUUUUAUGUGGACCUCCUGGAUCUGGAAAAACAAUGACAUUAACAUCUGUUUUGAAGAAAUCAUCUGAAUUCGACAUUGCUGCAUUAAAUUUUUCAUCAGGAUCUUUACCAAAUUUAUUACUGCAAACAUUUGAUCAUUAUUGUGAGUAUGUAAAAACGACUAGCGAAUUAGUUUUAAGACCAGUGCAACCAGGAAAGUGGUUAAUCAUAUUUGCUGAUGAAAUAAAUUUACCAACACCGGAUAAGUAUGAUACACAAAGGAUUAUAAUGUUCAUGAGGCAAAUAUACGAAUCACAAGGCUUUUGGAAAUACGAUUCUAAUAAUAAUCAAUGGAAUUGGGUAAAAAUCGAAAGAAUUACUUUUGCAGGUGCUUGUAAUCCCCCAACAGAUGCAGGAAGAAAUCCUUUAAGUAAUCGAUUUCUUAGACAUACAGCAAUUUUAUAUGUAGAUUUUCCAGGAUAUGAAUCGUUAAAACAGAUAUAUGGAACAUUCAAUAGAGCUAUUCUUCGAAAAUUCCCAGAAGCAUCUCAUAUAGCUGACAAUUUGACUCUUGCUAUGGUUAAUUUUUAUACAAAAUUUUCUGAAACAUUUACGAUUGAUAUGCAACCACAUUAUAUAUAUAGUCCUAGAGAAUUGACCAGAUGGAAAUUAGCCUUAUACGAAACAUUGGAAAUUUGUGACAAUUUAGAACAAAGAGACUUAGUUCGAUUAUGCAUUUGUGAAGGAUUAAGAAUAUUUCAAGAUAGACUUAUAUAUAAAAAGGAAAAAAAAGAAACAGAUAAAAUUAUUGAUGAUAUAUUCAAAUUUUGUUUUCCUGGAAUUACUGAUGCUGAUUUGGAGAGACCAAUUUUAUUUAGCUGCUACGUGCAAAAUGAGUAUAAAGAAAUUGACAAGAAAGAUUUGAAGGAAUUGAUAAAGGCAAAAUUAAAAAUUUUUAAUGAAGAAGAAAUAAAUGUUCAGUUGGUUCUUUUUGAUGAUGUGUUAGAUCAUAUUACAAGAAUAGAUCGAGUUUUGAGAUUACCUUUGGGACAUUUGUUAUUGGUUGGAGCAUCAGGGGCUGGGAAAACUAUUUUAUCAAGAUUUGUUUCAUGGAUUAAUGGGUUAUCUGUUUUUCAAAUUCGAGCUGGUCGUAAUUAUUGCACUGAAUCAUUUGAGGCUGAUUUACGUAGUGUGAUGAAACGAGCUGGAAUAAAAGAAGAAAAAAUAACAUUUAUAUUUGAUGAGUCUAAUGUUUUAGGUCCUGCCUUUUUAGAAAGAAUGAAUGCUUUACUAGCUAGUGGAGAAGUUCCAGGGUUGUUUGAAGGAGAUAAUUACACAGCUCUAAUAAAUGAAUGUAAAUCUGCUUACGGAUCGAAUGUAGGUUUAGACGAAUCAGAUAUAUUUAAAAAGUUCACAAAACAAGUUCAGAAAAAUUUACAUAUUGUUUUUACCAUGAACCCAGCGAACCCAGAUUUUGCAAACAGACAAGCAACAUCUCCAGCAUUGUUCAAUAGAUGUGUAAUAGACUGGUUUGGAGAUUGGCCUUACAGUGCCUUAUUGCAAGUUGCAAGCGAAUUUAUUUAUAACCUAGAUUUACCAGAUAACAAUUUCCAUAUGAACCAUGUACAAGAGGAUCUAGUAAAAGGAAAGAUACAAUACAAGGAUGAGAAGUCUUAUUAUUUAUCAAAGGCUAUAGUUGAAAUUCAUAAUUCAGUUGUACGGACUAAUAGCAUCCUUCUUAAGAAAGGGAACAAGUAUAAUUACAUGACUCCAAGAGACUUUCUAGAUUUUAUUAAACACUUUUUGAAAAUUAUUGAGGAAAAGAAGGAAGAAGUUUCUGAUCAGAAGAAACAUUUAAAUUCAGGUUUGAAUAAAUUAAAAGAUACAGAGGUUCAGGUAGCUGAAAUGAGGAACUCUUUAGCUAUAAAUAAAAAAACGCUUGCUGAAAAGGACACCGAAGCAGAAGAAAAAAUGAAACUAAUGAUAGAGCAACAAGCCGAAACAGAGGAUAAAAAGAAAAAGGCUGAAAUUUUGGCGAAAAAGUUAGAUGAACAAUUUAUUAUAAUUGAACAAAGAAAAGAAAUUGUAAGAAAAGAAUUAAGCGAAGUAGAACCGAAAUUUAGAGAAGCAGAAGAAGCAGUUAAAAAUAUUCCAAAAAAAAAUUUCGACGAAUUAAGAGCUAUGGCAAAUCCUCCUAUUUUGGUAAGAAAUGCAGUAGAAGCUGUUGCAAUAUUGAUUAUGAAUGAAGGAGAUAAGAGUGUGACAUGGGAAGAUGCUAGAAAAAUUAUGAAAGGUCAAGAUUUUAUUAAUAAAGUUCUUUAUUUAGACAAAAAAAUGGUAAAACCUCAAACUAGUGCACAAAUUAAAAAAAGAAUAAGUCAUAGUGAUUGGGACGUCGAAAGAAUAAAUAAGGCAUCUCGUGCUGCUGGUCCUUUAGCAAAAUGGGUUGAAUCUGUUAUUACCUUUUUAACUAUUCUAGAAACAGUACAACCUUUGGAAAACGAAAUAGAAAAGUUGCAAGAAGAAACAAGGAUUGCAGAAGAUCAGUAUAAUGAACAAAAGGGUAUUAUUUCAGAACUCGAAAAAAAAUUAGUGCAAUACAAAAAUGAUUACGCACAAUUAAUUAGUCAAGUACAAAGCAUUAAACAAGAAAUGGAAAUAGUGGAAAAUAAAAUAAAGAGAUCUAUUAACUUAAUUGAAAAUUUAAAGUCAGAAAAGGAACGAUGGUCCGAGACAUCUAUCAAUUUAGAAGCAGCUUCGGAGACAUUUGUUGGAGAUUGUCUCAUAGCAGCAGCAUUUUGUGCUUACAUUGGUUUUUUUGAACAUUAUGAAAGACAAAAGUUGAAAAAAGCAUGGGAAGAGAUUAUAAAAAUGUACAACAUUAAGCAUAGACAUGAUUUAUCAUUCAUUGAAUUUUUAUCUAAACCAUCUGAGAGGUUACAAUGGAUAGCAAAUGAAUUACCAAGUGAUGAGUUAUCCAUAGAAAAUGCCAUUAUUAUAAAUAACUACAUAAGGUAUCCAAUGAUCAUAGACCCAUCAGAUCAAGCUACUACAUUUUUACUUAACCAAUAUAAAGAGAAAAAAAUAUUGAAAACUUCUUUCUCUGAUAAAAAUUUUAUAAAAAACUUGGAAAGUGCUUUACGAUUUGGGUCAACCUUAUUAGUAUAUGAUGUCGAAAAAAUAGAUGCAAUUCUAAAUUCUGUUUUAAAUCAAGAAACACACAAACAAGGGGGUCGUUUAUUAAUUACGAUAGGAGAUUCUGAAAUUGAUUAUUCUCCUUCGUUCAACUUAUUUCUAACAUCAAGAGAUGCACAUUUUCAGUUUACUCCUGAUUUGUGUAGCAGAGUAACUUUUGUAAAUUUUACGUUAACACCAUCUUCUCUUCAAAACCAAUGUUUAAACAUGAUUCUAAAAAAUGAGAGACCUGAUAUAGAUAAAAAAAGAUGUGAUUUGUUAAAAUUACAAGGGGAAUAUAAAGUAAAGAUAAGAGAGUUAGAAGAAUCGUUGCUGCUAGAAUUGUCAAACGUGAAAGGAAACAUAUUAGAUGAUGAUAAUGUUAUAAGUACAAUGGAAAAAUUAAAAGUUCAAGCUGCCGAAGCGUCUAGAGAAGUAAGUAUAGCUGAAGAAGUAAUGGUAGAAAUUGAAACUGUGAGUAACCAAUAUUUAUUUUUAGCUCAAGGGUCUGCUAGGAUAUAUUUCGUUUUGCAGCAUUUAGGCAGUAUUAAUUUUUUGUAUCAAUAUGAUUUAAAUUUUUUUUUUAAUUUAAUGAAAGACAUGUUGAAUAGUGAAGGAUUAUUAGGAAAUGCAAAAAAAAAAAAUGAUUACGAAGAUAGACUGAAAUCUUUAGAAAAUUUGCUAUUUUUUUUGACAUACAAUCGGGUUGCUCGUGGGUUAUUACAAGAAGACAGAUAUGUCUUUGCUCUGCAAUUAUGUUACAUAAAAGGUAUAAUAAAUCCGAAUAUACACAUUGAUCCAAACCAUUUGCAUUUCUUACUAAAAGAUUAUUAUCCUAAUCAUACAAGAGAUACAGCACUAACGGUUGAGGAGGAUAAAAAGCUUGAAAAGGAAUUAUUACCAGAAUAUAGUGACGAACAGAUUAACACAUUAAAUAAUUUAAUAAGGCAUAAAUCUUUUUCGAAUUUAAAAAAGUCUAUAAAAAAUGAAAAAGAGAAAUGGAUACAUUUAAUUCAUUCCACAGAGCCGGAACAAUUAAUUUGCUCAAUCAUUGGUACACCAAAUUUGAGCUUGCAAAACAAUAACUUUGACAAAAAUAGAAAAAAAGGAGAAUCCGGAGAAUUGUUGAACCAGAAUUCGGGUGUCACACAUAUUAGCAGUUUGGAUACUUCUGAAAAUAAUAAUGACAAUUGUGAUAAUAAUAAUUUGCUCCUUAAGAAUGAUUUAAAAAAAGAAGAUGAAAUUAUAGCUUGCUUGAAGGAGUCACUAAUUAUUAAAGCCCUUAGACCAGAUAAGUUAGACAAAUGCUUUAACAAGAUUAUAAAUGUUAUAUUAGGAAAAGAUUUUUUAUGGAUACCUGAACUGUCAACAAAUGAAUUUGAAAAAUAUGUGAAAGAAAAUGCAAAUGGAAAUACCCCCAUCGUGCUAAUAAGCUCCCCAGGAUUUGAUCCUAGCAAUAAAGUACAGCAACUGAGUGAGAAAUGUAAAAUGUCCUUAUUUUCAAUUGCAAUGGGAUCAGAAGAAGGUUACAUUUCAGCAGAAAAAAUCAUAUCAUCAGCUCAAAAAAGUGGAGGAUGGGUUUUGUUAAAAAAUAUUCAUUUAUCCCCCAAAUGGUUAUAUCAGCUAGAAAAGAAUAUACAUAAAGCUACAACAAAUAACAAUUUUCGAUUGUUUUUGACGAUGGAGAGAAACCCCAAAAUACCUCCAAAUUUGUUACGUAUGUCUCUAACUUUCAUGUUUGAACCUCCUGUAGGUAUUAAAUCGUCUAUACUACGAACACUUUCCUUAUUUCUAGAAAAUCGGAAUUUAGAAGACCCCAAAAUUGCUAGAAUGAGAUUAUAUUUUCUUGUUUCCUUUCUACAUGCAGUAAUAUUAGAAAGAAGAAGAUAUACACCUAUCGGAUGGACAAAGGGGUAUGAAUUUGGUGAUUCUGAUUUGUCUUGUGCAUUAUCCGUUGUAGAUAAUUGGCUAGAUAGAGCAUCCACAAAAAUUGGGAAAAAUGUCAUUGAACAUAUAGAUCCUUCUAAUAUUCCUUGGGAUGCUAUAAAAAAAAUACUAAACGAAGUAGUAUAUGGUGGUAGGUUAGACAAUAUAGUGGACUCGAAGAUUUUAGAUACCUUUAUAGAUCACUUGAUGAAUUCUAAUUCGUUCGAAGCUGAUUUUAAAUUAAACAUUUGCAACAGUUCCAAUAAUAAAGAUUUAUUAACAUCUCCAGAUUUGUUUAGAAAUUUAGAUGAUUAUACAAAAUGGACAAGUAACAUGACUAACACUGAUUUACCUGCGUGGCUCGGUUUUGGAAAACAAGCUGAAGGGUUAUUAACAACCAGAAUGAAUUUUAGUAUUAUCAGCAAGUGGAAUAUUUUGCAUAGUAAAAGUUGUUCUGAUGUUUAUGAACCCUUGCCUCAUUCUCCUCUAACGAAAUCGCUAGUCGAAGAGAACGCGAGUAUGGAUUUAUACAGGAAUGUGGAUAAAAGGAGUGCUCCAACGGGACCUUCAGAUAAUGAAGCAAAAAAUGCGCAAUCAGGAUUGGAUGUACAAAUGGGGGUAGAAAGAGGGAAUGAUAUUUCAUCUAACGAAAGCGAACAAUCAGAAUCAUCCAUUGCAAGUAAAGUUACACAUUUGUAUUCGCAGAAUGAAAAUGUACUAUUCAUUAAUAAAAUUUUGGACAGUUUGCCAGAGUACAUACCUGAGUUGGAAAAAAGUGAAGAGAAUAUGAGUAACGCAGUUUUUAGAUGUUUCGAGAGGGAAAAUCAGCUAUUUAACAAACUUCUUAAGGUAAUUAAGGGAAAUUUAAAUCAGCUAAAAAAUGUAUUACAGGAAAAAUUAAAAUAUACGAAUAAAUUAAGAGCAUUGGCUAAAGAUUUAAGUUCGUUCAAUGUUCCGUCAAGUUGGCUUAUGGAUGGAAAUACAACUAAUUUGAAUUUAACAAAUUGGUUACGUGAACUAAUUAAUCGUUUUUAUCAAAUAAUAGUUAUAACUACAGAAUUGAAUGAAAAAAAAUAUACUAACGUGUCUAAUAUACAAUAUAUUCAAAAACAAAAAACUAUGAAAAGGAGCAAAAGUAAUGAUCUUAAUUUAAAAUCUUUUCAUAAGAAAAAUAAUGACACUAUAACAACUCAUUUUAAAAUGGACAAAAAGUUAUCAAUCAAUUUUAUAUGGCUCGGUGGUUUAUUCUAUCCACGAGCAUUUAUUACAGCCAGUAGACAAUUGUCUGCUUAUAAAUUUAAGAACUCCCUAGAUGACUUAGCCUUAUCAGUAAUUAUUGAUCCUACUCCCAUAGAAGGUUUCGACGAUGCUGUUCAUUUUACAAUAACUUGUUUGUCUAUUGAAGGUGCUCAGUGGAGUUACAAGGAACGGUGCCUUAUCCUGAGCGAUGAACUAGCCAUUGACCUCCCCCCAGUAACGAUAACCUGGGAGAAGAAGGAAGUUUUAAAUAAGAAAAUAUACGAAAAACCAAAUCUCAAUUUUAUGGAUUUACCAAUUUAUUUAGACAAGUCCAGAAAUUCAUUUAUUGGAUUUUGGAAAUUUCCUGUUUCGAAGGGUGUUUUAGAGCAAAAUUGGUAUCAGAGAGGGGUAGCCAUAUUUUUAUCCAAAACAUAUUGA